AUGUCGGGACAGCAUGAAGACCCGCAUUCAAAAUGGCGGAGCAAGCAUAUAUGGAAGAUGCCUGACGAGGUCGAGUCUGUCCUCAUCGUUGCGAUCCUCCUGAUAGCCAUGUUUACUACGAGAAGAAAGAACUACUCCAUCAUCAAGGGCGACUCGACUAAAUCCGAGCGAUUCCAUCAAGGCGACCUGCCUCAAAGUCCAUCGCUGACGUCGAGUGUCCACGACGGCAGUACCGACUGGCAAACGGACUAUCCUGCCAAAUACCGGCGCAUACUCGGCCUUUGGACAGUGCGUACGCCCAAUUCGUCCCGCUUUGCCAACCACUUCCACAGCCGAGUUCUCGUCAAGUUUCCUUUUGUUGUGGAAAUUUUGUACUGGACCAUCUCAUUUUUCUUCUACCGCCUCACCGGUGUCAUGGCACAAAUUCAAUACGGCGGCACCGAAGAGUUGUGGGAUGUCGCUCGGGGUCACGGUAUUGCCAUUUUGGAACUCGAGUCACGGAUCUUUGGCCUCGGCGAAAAUACAGGCAAAGAGCGCUUUGCCGAGUACCGCAUCCAGCAAUGGUACCUCACCGGGGCUGACGGCGGUGAUUUUCGCGGCCUCUGGUUGACGAUCUUAGACCGUGGGUAUUCUCUGAUUCACAUUCCGGGCACAGCUGGCUUCAUCGCCUUUUACUACUGGUACGCACCAAACUUCAAUCGCUUUGCGAUAGUCCGCCGAAUGAUGACGCUGCUGAAUAUGUGCGCGUUUCUCAUUUUCCUGCUCUAUCCGACCAUGCCGCCGCGAUUUCUUCCUUCUGAAUUCGGCUUCAUUGACACUGUCAACGCCGAAGAUGCACGGAGUGUGUGGAUGAGUGGCCAGUUCGUCAACAAGCUCGCGGCCAUGCCCAGCAUGCACUUUGGUUAUGCGUUCGCAAUCGGCUGCGUGUUUAUCUACGAGUCCGGGUUUCUGCAGCAGCUUUUCCCCGGGAACAAGUGGCGCUUUGUAUUCGACAAGGAGGAGAGCGAACCCGACGUCUUGGCCGAUGCACCGAGCGAGGACGAUGUGCCGGAAGGGUUUACGCGGCCCACGCCCCUGUUGGCAGCUGGCCAGGGAAAGUCGGUUGUUUCCCGCAGCCUCUUUUUGUUCUUUGGCAUUUUCUACCCGUCUUGGAUUUUGCUUACGAUCGUGGCAACUGCCAACCACUAUUUUCUCGAUGCUCUUGUGGCGACAGUGUGCGUGUUGGUCGCCUUCCUCUGCAACCGCGUGCUGCUCAACUUCUAUCCCCUGGAGGAUUGGUGCUUGUGGGUAGUGCGACUCGAAAAACCUCCGCCGACGACCGGCUGGUUGCGACGCAAACCCAGCAGCCCAUUGUAG